AUGUGGAUUCACAAUGCUCUGUCAACACAUGUUCCUUCCUUUGAUGCUGAGGUGGGUCAGAGCCGCGGCCCCUCCUCCAUCCCACGACCCGUCACCUCUCGGAGCUGGGAUGGACUCACGGAGCGCUCUUUUCUGACGCGCGCUCUGAAGCGGCGGCACGUGGACGCUCAUGCCGGGAUGGACUUUCAUGUGUCUGCAGAGCUGCAUCACUCAAUCCUACACAGUGGCUUUUGUAAAAGUGCAUCAACAGUGGAACUGAAGAGGCAGAGCCAGUGGACCCUCCAACUAUAG